GGCUCAUCCCACAGCCUGACCCAGCCACAUAACUGGGCAGUGCUGUCACAGGGAGGGCUGCACAUAUAAAUGUGCUGGGGGCAGGGUGGCUCACACCUCGCUCUGCCCGGCCAGGGAUGCUGAUCCGGGGGGGAUGAGUGCCCAUCACCCAGCAGAGCCACCCUCACACUGCUCCAAGGCACUGUUUUCCUUCCAGUCUAAACACUCCUGUCCUGAGUUGGAGCCACCAAAUAAUCUAGCAGUUUAAUCCAAGAUGCAGCAUGGCCUGGUGACCUCCUGACCCUCACUGUACCCCGUGUCCAUCGUGCUCCAACCCCUCUGGAGUUAUAAAUACUCCACAACACAGCCUGGCCUGAAUUAUAAUUAGACAGUGAGCCAAGAGGAUGGAAACAAUGGACUAUAAAAGCCUGGCUAUCCCCCCAGGCAGGACCUGCACACUGGGCAGCACUGGAAUGGGCGAGUCACCAGCAGCUGUGACAGCAAAGCUGAGGAUUUCCUCCAAACUGGAUCCAGAGCAUCCCUCAGCACCUCGUGCUCCCAUUGCCAGGUUUUACACAGCCCUGGUCAAGGGGGACCUGAGGAGCCUCCAGGUCCUGACUGAGAGAUACCACCAGGAUGUCAACCUGGUCUUUGAGAUCAGCAGGAACGAGCUGGAGUGGCAGGUGAAAAGCCAAGCCUCCUAUGGACUCUCAGGGCUGUGGGCUCUGGAGGAGAGGCAGGAGCUGAGCACCCCGCUGUGCCUCGCCGCCCGCCACGGGCACCCCGAGUGCCUGCGCCACCUCCUGCGCCGCGGGGCCGACCCCAACCUGGCCCCGGGGGGACAGGGCCCCCUGCACGAGGCCUGCCGGGGGGGGCACAGCCACUGCGUGGAGCUGCUGCUGGAGUACAAAGCCAACCCCAACCUGCGGAGCGAGGAGGGGCUGGCCCCGCUGCACCUCUGCGCCAGCCCCGGCUCGCUGCGGUGUGCCAGGCUGCUGCUGAGGCGCGGGGCGGCCGUGGACCUGCCGAGCGAGGCGGGAGGGGACACGGCCCUGCACGUGGCCGCCAGGCACCGCCUGUGGCACCACCCCGACGGCGUGUCCCCGCUGGGCUGGGCCCUGCACGGGGCUGCGGGCCACAGGGAGCUGCGCCCCCACCUCACCGUCCAGCUGCUGCUCAACCACGGCUCCCAGAGGAUAUGGCCCCACGCCUUCGCCAAGGUGCUGAAAUCCUGCGCGGCCGUGCCAGAGGUCAUCGAGGUCCUCUUCAAUUCCUACUCCCAAAUCCCCGUCUGCCAGGAGUGGGCCAAGGCCGUGCCACAGGAGGUGUUCCAGCAGCACCGGGUUUUCUACGAGUCGCUCCGGGGGCUGGCGGGCACAGCCCGCUGCCUGCAGCACUGGUGCCGCUCCGCCCUCCGCAGCAGCUUGGGGAGCCGCUGCCACUCCCUCGUCCCCCUGCUGCCCCUGCCCAGGGCUCUGCAGGGCUUCCUGCUGCUGGAGCCCCAGGGAGUCGUGCUGUGAGGGGGCACACCCAGGGGCAAAUCCUCCCGUGGAGCACAGGAGCAUCCCUUGGUGCCGGGGAGCCACGGAGCGCCGCCUCUCCUGGUGGAUGGGACUCAAACGGGCUUUCGGCUGGAAAUUUGUAAAGAUUUUCUUCUCUUUUUUUUUUGUACCUUCUAAUCCUGCUCUACAUAGAUUAUAAAGAGUAAUACAGUGAUUAGGAAUGAUGCUCAUUGUAGAGGAUCCCUCAGGUGUGCAAAGGGAGGGGACUCAAACCAGCCCAGCAUCAAAUCCCCCGGGAUAAACCUCACCUGGGAGUGGCACAGGCACAAGAUGCAAACUCCAGUGGCAUCAACAGAGACCCUAAAAUAGAUUUAAAAUUCAAUUUUUAAUUUUUUUUUUGUUUUGUUUUAAUGUCGGAACGGCCAAGAAUGUUGCGGUUGUUCCAUGCAGGAGGGUGGCACAACUCCCUGCAUCUCCCAUGGGAUGCACCAGCCCCUCCCAGACCCCUUGUGCCUGUCACGGUCCCCAGGCUGCCUCAGGGAGGAGCUGGAAAACCCAGAAUGAGGGAGUUUGGGUCUCCAUUUCCCACAGUGACCUGGCCAAAGGGACCAGGAGGAGCGAGGAUUUGUUUUCCCCACACCCUCAGGCUCCCCAGGUUAAUUCCUGCUGAACCAAAGGACGUGCAUCCCUUGGGAGAACAGCUGCCCUCAUGCCACAGCGCUCCCCAAAAUUCUUCCAGUGCCGAGUUACACUUGCUUUUGGCUGAUUUUUUUGUUGUUUGU